UAGUAACGUGCUGCAAAAUAUCAAAGCUCUCAGAUAUGCGUACGAGGAAGAGGAGUCCUCAUGUGAACUUUGAAACAGGCAACUAUAUAUCAGACGUGUUGGAGCACCGUUGUUGCCUCACCACAGGUCAAAAGGCCAGCAGUGACACUCCUUUUAACCCUCUCCUUCAUUCUGCUGCGGUGGACAGGGCGCUGCUCUUCGACAUGCCUCGUUUCAGCGCCAGUAAACGUGUUUAACUGGGAAUAUUUCUGUCUGAACUAUUUAAGAAGUCAUCUAGGAUUUUUUAAAAGAACACGUUUGCAAGAAUGAAGCCGCCGGCUGAAGUCAGCGUAUUUCUGAUCUCUCUGUUGGCUCCCGGAGUUCUGUUCACAAUGAACAACAUCCCUGCGUUUCAGGAACCUCUUCCUAUUCUGGGAAUGGGAAUGGUUAUCCUUGGAUCUGUUCUUCUCCUCCUCCUCCUCCUCACAGUGCAGCACAAGACAAAAGUGGACCCUUUAUUCUAUGUGUUUGCAGAGUUUUCAUUUAUCUGCAUGGUGGGCUUAACCAAUGCUUUAGAGCAAGAUGGCUUCAUUUCUGGCUUCAUGGAUUUUUACAUUAAGAUGGGCGAGCCUCACCUUAGUACGGCCUAUGCUGUAAUGAUGUCAUAUUGGGAGGGUGUUGUGCACUUCACCCUCUUCCUCAUAAUUAUUCAUCGCAUGUUUGCAGGGAAGUCCUACAGAAGUCUGGGCUUGCUGUGGGCAGGCUCCUCCAUUGCCCAUCAAAUUGUUUUUAUCCCAGGAGUGGUCAUUGGUAAGUAUGGGUCUAACAUUCGACCAGCCUUUUGGAGGAACGUUCCCUUCUUUUUGCUGCCUUUCUGGGCAGCUUCUCUGCUGUUUAGCAGACCAAGGGAGAUGCCAAUCAUUACAGCAGACAAGAUUGCUGCAGAGCAGAAGAAGAGUCUGCUGUCUCGACCCGUAGACCUUCUUUUGUCACUCCUGUUACUGGGUGCCAUGGCCUUCACCGUUUUCAGAGGUUUUGUAGUACUGGACUGUCCUCUUGACACCUGUUUCACCUACAUCUAUCAGUAUGAGCCAUACCUCAAAGACCCAGUUGGGUUUCCCAGGAUUAUGAUGCUGAUGUAUUUGUUCUACGCUGUGCCCCUGCUCGCUGUCCUCAUCUAUGGUCUGAAAACACCUGGCUGCCGCUGGAUGUUGGACUGGACCAUCUUUUUUGCUGGAGCUAUGGUUCAGACCCAGUGGUGUCAUAUCGGAGCAUCUUUGCACUCACGCACUCCAUUCACCUACCGAGUCCCAGCGGACAGACGAUGGCCUGUUAUUGCCCUCAAUGUGCUGCUUGCAGUUGCACCAGUUCUGCUAGCCCUGCGCUGCCAUACCAACCCUGCUUAUUUUAUGACACCCGUUCAUGAGGGACAAACCAAGAACGAGAAGAAGACAAAGUAGACAACACAUCAGCUGCUGACUGUUGAGGAAUAAUUCAUGCUGUGACAAGACAGUGUUUUUUUGGGAAUGAAAAAAAAAGGGUGCAGAAACUGCAAUGUACAUACAUUUAUUUUCCAACCCUGAAACUCAAAGGGAAUCCAGGAACAUUGCUCUCUGAGUCAACUGUUCAAAAUCAGUCACUUCACAAAACACUCCCUGCAUGAACUGUUGGACCCUGAUAAGAGAACUGUUGAUGGAGGUGAGGACUGCGACCAGAUCGUACAGCUUUCAGGUGGUUCAUGCAGAUACCCGGUUGAAAUCUUCUCAAGCGUAGACUACUAACCUGGAUCCUACAUGUCAACCAUACACACUGUGAUAUUAUGCUUAUGUUUUCUGCAGGAAUUCAGACAAAAAUUCUGAUCCUGUAAAAUGGUCAGGGUCAGUGAUGACCAUCACAGCUCUCAUCCUGUAUAAACUGAGUAUAAUAAAUGUGGAGAGGAUUCACUGAAUAACUUAGGAGCUGCUAAUGACGGCGAUAACUAACUCAGGCUGCAGAUAACUUAGCUAAGUCAACAGUUUGAUAAACAACGCACUGGGGCUGAUUAACUCUAAAUUACAAAUGACAAAAUACCUUACAUUACAAGCCAUUCAUCACUAUUUCUACAAGCAAAACAGAGGAACUUAAUUUUUUUGUGUGCGUGUGUAAAAACGUCCAAAACUAUACAGUUUAGUUUACAAAAUGAUUUUUUUAAGAAAGCAAAGAAAAAGCUCACUAGAAAAACUUAGGCCAAAAAAGGUAAUGCUUAUUUUCUUUUGAAAAAUGUUCUAAAUGAUAAUCAAAUAAUUCCACCAUCUGCUGUCUAUUAACUGAUGUACCAUCUAAGUGUUUUUAUUGUAUUUUUUUUUGUUUGUUUUUUUUUUUUGCUUUUGGAAUAUAAAGAAACAGAUCUCCUGAGAUAACGCAGUGUAACUGUUUGAUUUAAUUGCCUUUGUGUUGAUCCUUUUUAAAAUACACUCAGUCUGUGAGCUUA